CCUGGUUCGACCUCCACUGCUGCCCGCUUACUUGGAUUCAGCCUCCUCAUUCUGGCCAACGCCGUCCCUUUGCUCACCUCACAACCACUCACCUCUCGCAUGGUCUGGUCAGUCAAGGGCCCAUCCACGCAGCCUCGCUUUCGUACUGCUUCUGCAAAGCUGUGUUUCGCGCUCUCUCAUCAAUACUCAGUUCGUCGUCCCCUUUCUUCCAUAUCGCCUCGCCUCCGCACCUUCUCCGCUCAGUCCCGUCCGCGUCUGCUCCCUGCGUAUACCCUCACACGCGUGUCGUAAUCGCCGCUCACCCCAUCCACCCGAACCCUCUUUCAGCCAGAGUGCUGCUCUCUUCCAUCAUCGUCUCCUUAGCCCCGUGGGCAUUCUUUGUAUCGCGGAUUGACUCUCCCGUGCUCGUCCUCUGAACUGUGCUUCAGAGCUCUCCACCUCUCUGCAUCUUUGCCGCGUGCUGCCUUCUUCAAUUCUUUCUCUGCCUCAACACGUCAAUUUUUGUUUCUCUUUUCAGAAUGUCUGCUCUAACAACCUUUGCGCCGCUGGCCAACAGCGCCUCGCACGACGCCUCCGACGUUAACACGCCUGCCACCGACCGCAGUCCGAGCCUCAAGGCGCGUCCUAGCCACCGACAUGGACUCGUACACAUCGUACCGUGACUCCUCGGCGCGGUCUCCCAACGAACGAACCUGGGGGCGCGACGACCGAGAGGACCGAGGUGACCGAGGCGACAAUUUCUACCGCGCCAGAUCACCCGGUAUAGACCACCGCAUCCGCCAGUGGCUCGCCUGACCUGAACUAACUUGAUUCCGUCCUCAUUGCAGGCAACGAUCGACGAGAACGUCGACGCUCUCGUUCCCCCGGCCCUGUCGACCGGUACGAGCCCCGAUCUCGCCGCGAUGAUCGCGACAGAGAUGAUCGGCGUCGCAUCGCCGAGCCGCCCGCAAACAUCGAUCGCUAUGUGCCGGGUCAAGACGCGUCGUCUCCUGCCAUCACCACAAACCCCUUAGCUGACCCUGCUCGGCUCAACUACCAGGUUGGGUUCUCCUACUUUGGUGAAUGGUGGAGGAUGAAUGAACGAAUCAAGGAUGAGAAGGAGCGGGCACGGACCGGUCGCAGAAGAGAGCCCGAACGCCCGCGAGGCACGCGCGAGGCGCAGGAAGAGCGCGAUAGAGAAAAGGCCAAGAUUCAAGCCGCCUACGACGCGUACAAGGAGGAGCUUCAAGCCAAGAUGGCUCGGCAAUUCGUCUCUGAACACAAGAAGGAGCAGUGGUUCAGAGAGAGAUAUGUCACCGAGGUCAAAUACGAGCUACGAGCCAAGCUCAACGAGAUGCGCCGUGGUGCCUACAGCCAAUGGGAGCAAGAUCUCGAAUCCGGCACGUUUGAUAACUUUUCGCUCGAGGGCCUUCCGAAAAGCGAGAGCAACGGCGCUGGCGGUGUCGUCGAGAAGGAGGAGGGCGAGGCCACCGCUAGUAACGAGAUCCUCGGUGUCGGCGACCUCGUGCCUGCUAGCGGCGCCGAUAUCCGCGACGAGAACCAGUUCCAACCCACGCUCCUCAUCAAGACGAUCGCGCCCCACGUCAGCCGCCAUAACUUGGAAGUGUUUUGCAAGGAGAAUCUGGGCGAGGAGGAGGGCGGAUUCAAAUGGCUCUCGCUCUCUGACCCCAAUCCCAGCAAACGUUACCACAGAAUUGGCUGGGUGAUGCUACACCCUUCGUCGGAAACCACAAUCCCGGCUGACCGGGCUGAUCUCAAAGACGAGGACGGCGACGAAGCGAUAAAAUCGCCCCAGCCGGUGUCUACGGCAGAAAAGGCUCUCGACGCUGUCAACGGGAAGACGGUCAAAGACGAGGUCCGUGGUGACUUUGUCUGCCAUGUCGGGGUUCACAACCCCCCUUCGAACCCGAGAAAGAAGGCCCUCUGGGAUUUAUUCUCGGCGCCCGAACGCAUCGAGAAGGAUUUGCUGUUGGUCCAGAGGCUGGUCAACAAGUUCGAAGAAGACUUUGGCUCUGACUUCUCGGCUGUCCUCAAGGUUGAGGAGAAGACGGAGGAGCUCCGGCAGUCCGGAAACCUCAAGCCCGUCGUGUCUGCACAGGCUCCCAAAAAGGUCAAAAAGUCGCGGGACAUGGACGUGGCGAUGGACGACGAGGAUGGCCUGGUCGAGGAAGACGAGGAUGACGGCGCCAUCGAUGACGACGAGACAGACGACGAAGAUCUGCUCAUCAAGAAGAAGCAACUCGAUCUCCUGACCGAGUAUCUUCGUCGGGUCUUCAACUUCUGCUUCUUCUGUGUCUUCGAGAGCGAUUCCAUCCACGAGCUUACGCGGAAAUGCCCGGGCGGCCAUCUCCGACGACCUCGGAGCACGCUUUCUUCAACGGCGAGGGAGGUGGCAAGAGCCAGUGCCAACGGCGAUCCAUUCCCUGACAAAAAGCGGUCGGAAGCCGGGGAGGAGGGCGAGGCAGACGCGCCAGAAGGCGAGAAGAAGUUCCGCAACACAUCCACCAAGACUGAACAGCAGCUUCUCAGGGCCUACAACUGGGUCAAGACUUUUGAGGACAAGCUUACGCAGAUCCUGGAUCCGCUGUCUGUCAACCUCCGUAAGCUGGGUGGACGGCCGGUCGAUGAGGCCGUUGAUGAGGAGUGCGCCAAGUUUGUAAAGCAGGAGGACGAGCAUAAGUGGCGAUGCAAAGUCCCAGAGUGUACUAAGCUCUUCAAGGAGGAGCACUUCUGGAAGAAGCACGUCGAAAAGAGACACGCAGAAUGGCUGGACGCGAUGAGGAACGAGUUCGAACUCAUUAACUCCUAUGUUAUUGAUCCUUCGCACAUUGCUCCCUCGAGGACCGAUCCAAACUCCAACGGUCACUUCCCAACACCGAACGGCCAGUCGGCGGCUGGAACCCCCAGAGGAUUCAACCUUCAAAACUUCUCCGUCAACGGCGUUAUGGGGAUGCCGGGCUUCCCGAUGCCUCCAGGCGGCUUUCCGCCCAUGUUCGCCGGUAUGCAGGGGGCGGGAGGCUGGAACCCCGCGGGCGAUGAUCGAUCGAGCGGCCCGAUACGUCGAGGCGGCAGCAUGGGCGGUGGCCGUGGACAAUUUCGCUCCGGCCCGUACGACCGGCGCGGAGGCGGUCGUUGGGACGGUGGCCGGAACAGAGCAGGCGGGUCUCGAUGGGGAGAUGGUGCCGGUGGUGCGGCUGGAGGGCCGCGAGAGGCAGUUCAAGGUCGAAGCCUCAAGAGCUACGAGGAUCUCGACCAGGUGUCAGGCGGCGGCGGUGGCGAGCUCAACUAUUAGACACCAUGCACGGGUACUUGGUAUGCGAGCGAGUGUAUCGGCGGCGAACAAGCGAGGGAUGCAACAAAAAAAAACUGGGCCUAGCCCUGGUGUACAAUAGGCGCUAUGAGGCAUGUAUAGCUGCUAUAAAGCGACUCUCUUGAGC